AUGUGGCCUCUCGUUCUCUCCCUCUCCGGGCUUGCAAACGCAGACCAGCUUGCGUUGCCGGACUGCACCCACGAAAUCUGCCCCUCAACGAAGUAUGACGACGACGCGCCAACGCCUUUGGUUUGCGAGGAGAGUCUCGGACUCCUGGAGCCGGAGUACUUCCGAAAGUUUGGCCGCUGGCAGAAGAGGUAUGGCCGGGACAACCUCGACCUCUCCCUGCAUUUCCUGGAGGAGGUCUUUGAAUCGCAGCUGGAGCCACGCAUUCAAGAGGCAUUGGAGAGCUGCCCGGCAGUCGUGUUGGAGGUGAUGAUGAACUCCGUGCUCCUUGUGGAGACAAGGGACGGCCUACGAGCUGCCCAGCGGUUUCUACUUCAGAUCUUCCGAUAUCGCGACCAACUGUUCGAGCAACUACCAGACGACAUCCGCAGGAGGCAACUUGAGCAGCUAAUGCGCGAGUGGAAUGCCGACAUCGCCUACGUGUAUCCGAAGCUCUUGGAUGUGCAGCGCCUAGGCCCCCGGCCAGAGCUGAGCGAGCCGGGCGUGGAAGAGGAGAAGUUUUGCCUCAAUCAGCGCUUCUACGUCUACGAGUUGGAUGCUGCCUUCUACGGCCCCGGCACCUUCGGCUGCUUGCAAGGCCAAUGGGGCACUGAAGUACUUCUUCACCAUUACUUCCGUCACAACUGCAAUACGCCGGACGCGGAUCAAGCGGAUUGGUUCUAUGUGCCGCUCUAUGCAACCUGUAUCUAUGUUAGGCUCAAUGCGAACAUCACGGCCUUCGAGGACCACCAGGUGAUCAUGGACAUGGAUUCAGUCUCGACGAAGCACAUCUUCGACCCGUUGAUGGAGUUUCUGAAAGCCUCGAAGUAUUUCCAUCGCCGAGAGGGGUCGGAUCACAUCUUCCUCUUCGCUGAUGGUCAGGGGCCGCGCAUUUGGGACAGCUACGACAUGCUGCGAAGUGAGUCGGUUUUCAUCUCGCCAGAGAGUCGGUGUCCAACCUGGUCAGAACCCCUCCGGCGCUACGCCGAUGUGAAGCGCUGCUUGAGUGGUUGGAAGGACAUUGUGAUUCCUGGCCAUACGGACUACGCCAGGAUUCAGUACAUGAAGAGCAGAAAUCGGCGCACUGCAGAUCGAAGGCUGCUGCUCACCUUCCAUGGAAGAGCACCCGGUGCACACGACGCCUACGAAGAGUGCCGCGUGAGAGGGGACUUGAUGAAGCUCGGCAAGAGUGCCGGCUUGGAAUCUGGCGUUGAUAUAGGUGGUUUUGUGAGCGAUUACCUCGAGCGGAAGGGUGACAGCCACUUCUGCCUGGUGCCAGCAGGUACGAGCCCUUGGACCAACCACCUGUACGAGAGCUUCUAUGCCGGCUGCGUCCCAGUCAUUCUUAGUGAUGAGUACAAUGUGGCAUUCGCUGAAGAGCUUCCCUGGGAAACUUUCUCCAUCAAGUGGCCGGAGAGCAGAGUCUGCGAUGAUGAGGAGUGCAGCUCCUCCUCACUCUAUGGCUUCCUGCGCCGCCUCGUGGAGACCGAGCCGGAGAGGCUUUGGAACAUGAAGCGCGAGCUGGAGCUUCACAGCUGUUACUUCAAUUGGUACAGCACGGAUGAAAACUGCAGUCCAUACGUUUUGAUACAGCAGCACCUCAAGCGCCUCCUGGACAUGCGGUCCAGAAAGCCCCGAUUUUGGAAUGCAGGUGCUGCUUUCAAAGAUGACCCGGAGGAGGACACCGGGGACCUUCUCCUGCUGGAGAUCGACCAGGAUGUGCCACUGAAGGCGCUUCUGCCGUUGAUCGGCCGGGAGGUUCUCGUUGUAGACGAUGACCGGCCUCUGCCAGAGCUGCUGGAAGAGUUUCGGAGAGGAGCUAGCCAGCUUGCCGUCGUGCGUGGAAUUGUGGAUGACGAGGACUGCGAUCCAUACUUCCGGCACGUGGGUAUCCUCACUCUCCAAGACCUCCUCAAUACCAUCGUGCAAGACGAUGUUCACGAGGUCGAUGCAGACGACAAGGAUUCGGAGGUGAGUAGCGAGCCGAGCGGGAUGUUCUCCAACGUCCGGAGGUUUCACGAGUCCUUGGACCAGUCGACUGGGCAAAGCCACCAAGGACCUCUGGCGCGUGCGCAGAAAGUGCAAGUGGCGAGACCGCUCUCCAAUGACGAGGUGAUUGCCUCGGCUGCCUUCUUGCGGCAGCGUUAUCCAACUCUGUUUCGCCAGGUGGAGCAGAGCAGACUCGAGGUGUUUCUUCAGCGGGGCUGCCAAAUGGUGGGAACAGGUAGCGAUGCCCACGGUACCGCUCUCUUCCGCCGUGGGGAGGUGGCCGGCUACGCUGCGCUGAUCAUCACGGGCGAAGUGAAGGUCUUCGCAGGAGAAGAAGCUUUCGAGUCCAUCCACGGGCCCUGGAGCCUCCUCGGCAAGAGGUGUUUGGAACUCACGAUGGAGAGGCUCGCUGAUGAGCAAGGCGGCAAGUCCACUGCCACUCGAUUGACGCGGGAUGGCCCAGAGACGGCAUGGUUCGCUCAAGAUGUGUCCGAAAUCAUCAGAUACGGGAACACCUUUUACGCAUGCACUGACAAAAGAGUGCGGGUGCUCGCGGGCGGGGGCGCCAUUCGGAUGAACAUGGUCUGGAACAGGGUGGGCGGUAACGAGUGGGCACUAGCCGAGCCACCAGCGCGGAGGACUGGAUAUCGUCUGUUGAUGACGACUACCACGAUGCCGCUCAUGAGCGAGAUCAACGCUGCCACUUUCACCUGGUUUUCACCGUCUCGGAACACGUAG